UCUCCACGGCCCAUAAACUACCUCAGUUGUUCCUUUCUUUCUCAUCUUACCCGUAUUUACUGUCUCUCACUGUUGUCAACAGUGUCCUGGGAUUUCUUUUUGGCUUUGAGAUUGAUUUGUGCAUCUCUGUUAAUUUGGCUCUAUUUCUCUCUGUCUCUCUAAUGGCGGAGGGUUCAGUCACAAAUCCCCAAACCGAAGAAUCCUCAUCAGUACCCAAUUCUCAAACUGAACAUUUGAAGUCCGCCCAAGCACCCACAAACUACGGCUUUGUGAAUUUUCCUAAUUGGGCUUCAUUGGGUUCCCUCAAUACUGAUGUGCAGUUGAUUCCAAUUAUGUACCCUGCUUUUGUACCUGGUUUAAUUCCACCCCCAAAUCAGGAUCAGAAUAACCGUGGUGCUGGUAUAUAUGCUGUUCCUGUGCUACCAUUUGGGGGGCCAAUGGGUGGGAUUCCAACAGGCACUCUUAUCCCUCUUACCUACGAUCUAAAUGCACCCACGAGGCAAAAUACAGUUCAUGCUACGGCUGCAGCAGGAGGAGGAGGUGCGGAACAGGCUGUACGAGGAAGGCAACGUCAAAACCCACAGCAAAGACAAGUGGUUGUGAGGCGAUUUCAGUUUGGGUUUCAGCUUGAUUUGUUCCUCAUACUGAAGCUCGCAGCUGUGGUAUUUGUGUUCAAUCAGGAUGGUUCUAGAGAGAGACUCUUCCUUCUCCUUCUUUUCGCUUCAUUUGUGUAUUUGUAUCAGACUGGAGCUCUAACGCCACUUAUAAGAUGGCUUCAACGAGGUGUACCAAGGCCUGGUGCAGUUCCACCUCAGCCCCCUGUUCCAAGGCCAGAUGGUGAGCAUGCACCUGGACAAGAGAACAAUGCAGAUAAUAAUGGGAACCAAGCUCAACAGAAUGUGGGUGUCGCAGAAGGUGGCCUCAACCUGUGGGGAAUUUUGAGAGAGAUUCAAUUGGUUGUUGUUGGCUUUCUCAGUUCCCUUCUACCUGGCUUUCACAACCCGGAUUAGUCGACAUCCUCAACAAUGGCCAAAAGAGUUAGUGAAUAUAGUGUUUGGGCAAGAAAUUCUGUCAAAUUUUCUUAUUUUGAAUUGUUUUUUCAGUGUUGAUCUUGAAAGAAGGGAGAAAAUAUGAUGAUGAGUGCGAAGUUUCUUUUUCAGUUCACAAAUUAUAAACACAGCUAAUAAAGCUCAUACAAGUGAUCUAUGUAGAUGUAUCUUCUGAUGAUGAUGCCUUGAUGGUAUUAGAAUUCCCAAUGAAAUAUUUAGCUGGGGUCUUCUUUUGCUUUGUC